AUGUUUGAUGAAGCAAUAUUUAAUAAAGAAAUGUUUAAUGCAGCGAUGUUUGAUGAUGAUAAAAUAAUUAAUGAAGAGAUGUUUGAUGAAGAGAUGCUUGAUGAAGUAAUGUUUGAUAAAGAAAUA